UCCUCCUCACAGCGCCGGUCUCCAUCCAUCCAUCCCCUCUCCUCCUCCUCCUCCUCCUCCUCCUCCUCCUCCUCCUCCUCCUGUACAAUAACAGAUGGUGGAAACAACAUUGCAUCCGCCGGGCACCACAACAAUAGACCGCAGCAUCCAGUCCGGACGACCCUGGCCCCGCACCGUCAUGCGCCCAGUGCGGGACUGAGCGAGGCUGUGAGCGGGGUACCAGCGCCGCCACGGCCGCGGAGGAGGAGGAAGCUGCUCGCGACUGUUUUGGGCUCUCCAUCGAGCGGGGGGAAGAUGGCCGCUAUGAAAAUAUUAACCAGCACGGGGCUCUUCUUGGCUUUCUGCGCGCUGGGGCUGCUCGCCAUGGCGAUCUGCACCGACUACUGGUACGAGACGGACGCACGGAGGCACCGGGAGAGGUGCAAGAACUAUGCGAACAAGCGUAACGACCCGGGCUACAUCUACAUCUCGAACGGCAACCUGCCGCUCCAGAUGCCUCCAAAGAGCCUGGAGAGGAGAGGCAGCGGCCCAGAUGCUGCUGCUGCUGCUGCCGGCGGGCCGGUCAUCACCAGGGCGAAGCGGCACUUUGUGGCCGCAGCGUCCGCCAUGGAGUCCCACUGCAGCCGGCAGUUCAACUCUACCAUCUCCGGGCUGUGGAGGAAGUGUCACCGGGAGGGAUUCGACCUGGAGAUCGAGGACCUUAUAUACAAAGGAAUAAUUCAAAGAUGUACAUCAGUCAAGUAUCACUACUCCUCGUCCAUCCUACCACGAAAUCUACCUAUCAACAUCACAAAGACCAUACGACAGGAUGAGUGGCACGCACUCCAUCUACGAAGGAUGACGGCCGGCUUCGUGGGCAUGGCUGUGUCCAUCAUUCUUUUUGGCUGGGUCAUUGGAGUGCUGGGAUGCUGCCAGCAGCAUGACCUCAUGCAAUAUGUAGCUGGGCUACUCUUUCUCAUGGGAGGAACAUGCUGCAUCAUCUCCUUGUGCACAUGUGUAGCAGGAAUCAACUUCGAGUUGUCCCGCUACCCUCGCUACAUGUAUGGCCUCCCUGAGGACAUUAGCCAUGGCUAUGGCUGGUCCAUGUUUUGUGCCUGGGGGGGCCUCGGGCUCACAUUGCUGGCCGGCUUCCUCUGCACCCUGGCCCCGUCCCUGAGCACGCCCACCCGCACUACGACCCACAAGCCGAGGCAGGAGAAUGGCACCGUGUGACAGGACUGAGGCGUUGUGAGGCCAAUGGCCCACCGAACACAGAAAACCCCCACACCCUACCAACUUUGAUGUACAACUCUGAAACAGUUUUUGUCUGAUCACCAUCUUACACCGCCCCUCAACAUCGCCAUCCCCCCUUCAGUGUUUUCAGUGUGUGCCUGAGUUGUGACAGAAGGAGCAGAGUAAUGACAAACUUCACGCACCUAAUCCCCAAAACACGUGAUGGACCUCCGGGAACUGGAAGAGCAGCACCGGCGUAACAUAUGACUGAGACGCCGGCUCUCACAGCACAAAUAAGACACUUUUUGGUUCCGAUUUUUGACCUGCUGACUCUCUGGUGAUCUAAAGGUGACUGUUUUCUCUAAAGAGAAUGUGUCUUAAAAUGGUGCUCUCUUAAAUGCAUAUAGCCACAUACACUCCCACACUAACACACACACACACACACACACACACACACAUAGGCACACACAUACCAGCUUGUCCACACAUGCUCAGUGACUCUGGGUGAAUCACGAGAGAAAUCAUCCAAAAGGAACAAACCCACAAAUAUCAGGCAUCCUGUAAGCAUUCCUCUUUCAGUCGAGUAACGUGUGCUGUGUUGUUGUUCAUUAUGAAAAAAAAAAAAAGAAUCAGGUGUGGACUGCCCAUCGCUUAUCUGUAGUGUAUCACACUUUACUAAUAUCAAAGGUGAGCCCCGGGGGUAGACCGCCUGCAGCGUCUGCAGAGAACAGGACGGAUCGAGCAGCGAGGUCGACCUCGAUAAACACGGAAGUAAAUUUGCAUCGAAAAGAAAAAUCAUUUGACGCUUUUUUAAAGAAUCUAUAUGUACAAAUGCAUCUCUACGUAGAUCCAGAUCAUUCUUUGUGUAAAGUAGAUUUUGAAUAAGAAAUGUUUUCUGUUUGUGUAGAGGUGAGGACGCCUGGACGUAUGGGGACGAUUGAGAGUGACAGGAUAGAAUAAUGAAUCCAUGAUGUAUUCAGUGUGAAGGUAUUUUAUGAGAAGUGAGGAGUAGAACAGAGCAGGAAGCCUCAGUAAACUGCUGAGCUGUGACUUGAAGCCGCUGUGCUCUUGCCGCUCUGAGAGGCACAGUUGUUUGCCGACAGCUGAAUCAAAACCCUGACCGUGGAGGACAUGUUCCAUGACUCCAUUGUUUAUCCUUAAAAUUGGUCAGCAGCUUUGUGUCAAACUCCGGAUUUUAACAUGAGAAAAAAAAUGAAACCCCAGUGAUCCCGUUGAAAAACAAAAGCACAAAAUCGAUUCACGUUUCUUAUCGUCACUGAAUCCAGUAAAACAGUCACUUGGCUCAGGGGUAAGAAGCGUGAUGUUAUCCUGAAACAAGCUGAAUAUGGGAGAUGAUUCAUGGAAUAAUAAUCGUUUGGUUUUGUUUACCUGUGGGGGAGACGGCACAAUCAGUGAAGCCUGGAACAGCACGAGUCGUGACAUUUAUUUACCAUCAGCCUGUCAUUUACAAACAUGUAUCAGGACACGCAAGCAAAUCACAUUUGACAAUAUCAGAGCACAAUAAUGUGACAGUGAACUGAAUCAUCUGCUGACACUUCAGUCUUCUGUUCUUUUAUGAUUCAAUAAUUUGAUUGAAAACUCAUUUUAAAAAAAAAGCACAAACAAUUUCGAAAAACCACAAUACAAGGCACAAUGUGUACAUACUGUGAAACAAAAAGAAAACCCAUCUAGUUUGAUUGAUCUGUGGAAACAUCUUGUGUCUCUUGAUCGGUAAAAUACAUAUUGAUUGUGUUCUAACUUCCAAAGUGGUAGAAUGCACAGUAUAUGAUGUAGUGUGUGAUAGGAACAUGAGGUUGUUGACUUUUUCUAUAACUUUUGGAAUUCAAUUGUUGGAUUGACAAUGCAUCCAAAUCUGCUGUUUGAAAAAAAAAAAAGCACAAAUAGUGAUUUAGAAAAGGCUCUUGACUGCAGAGACGUGUAAUUCAAACACACACCACAUUCUCAUUCAGUGCUUUUAGUUGUGAUGCGUUCACGUGAGGAAAAUGACUAAAUUAAAUAUACAUAGGAAUCGGAGGUAUCCAUAGGAGGUCAGAUGUGAGUUCUGUUAAUUGGCGUUAUUGUCCAAAAUACAUUAUAUAAAAGAUACAUGUUUUGAGUGGACGUCCGCUGCAUAUUCGAAAAGAAGCUGGAAAAAAAUAAUUUGAAACUAUAUGUAAUUUCUUAUUAGCAGACGAACUGUUACAUAUCUUUCAAUCGUGUCAUCGGUUUGGUGCACAAAAGUAUACACAUCAUGGAAUGAAGUAUGAGAUGGGCCAGGGUCUGAAAACAGAGUGGAGUUGACAGGAGCGGAAAUGGAAAAACAAUUUGUCCCGGUGACGCUUCAGGAUGCAAAUCGGAUUAUUUCCCAAUUUAUCACUUAGUGGAGAAGAGCGAUGAGAUAUUCAGCUCCGUCAAUCGACAUUUCUUGGAAAAAAAUAUGGUGUUAUAAUGUGUAUUGACGACACUGUGUGUGAUGUUCAGUCCUCUCACCGUCACCAUGAACCUCCUCGUGAGGCCACCACUACCCUGAAGUCAAGAGCAUCAACUGAGGCAUGAUUGAAACCUGUAUCUCCAGUGUCUUGGUGAAUCUUUGCACUUUGCUGGGUCUCACAAACGUCCAUGAACCUGACGUCCGAGCAGGCGGAGGUCGAUAUUAUCCGGUAUGUUCCCGAGGCCGCACAUGGGAGCAAAAGAUGAUCAGAGCAUGUAGUAAGCACCCUGUUGUGUCUUUUACCAAGUAUUUGGGUUUAAACCAUGUUGUGUGUUUAGGGUCAGUGGGUGCAGGCUCUUAUUGUGAACAUAUUUCAGGCUCUUAUUGUGAAAAUAUUUAUAGGCCAGAAACAAGGACAUGCCAUAAAUAUAAAGAAUAUUUAUAUCUAUGGUUAUUACACCGACAAACGGAGUCGGUGUACUUUCUGACAUCCAGCGACUCACAGAAUGCAACGCUGUUUGGUGUUUUGUUUUUAUAAACUUUUAAGUUCACAAACUGAUCCACAGUGACGUUGCUGUGAGCAGUAAAUUGUAAUGUAUAAGUAUGUGGUGCAAGUAUAAUGUGUCGUUAGGACUGAAGCACAACUGCACACAAAUCUUACAAGUUUUCUUUGUGUGUGUGUACGUGUGUGCGAGUGGAUACGAGUGGGUGGCUGAGUGUGUAAAUCUGACUUUUCCAGUAUUGAUGUGCCACCACUGCACAUGUGCAGGAAUUCCUAAAAAGUAUUCAAAGCAAAAACAAUUUUAAGCACAUAUUUACCCCCCGUAUCUGAAAUUGUAAGAUUUCAAGCACAUAACAAAAUCUGUAUUUAAAAAAUGUAAGAUUUUGCCAUCAAUUGGAUUCAGCUUUAACAGCAGCACACGGUAAAAACUAUGUAAAGAACGAAUGAGGUCGGCGCCAUGUGGCGUCGCAUCUGAAACUGUUAAAAUCCUUCUCAAGUCACAACUUGCUGUGUUUCAUGAGGACUCUGGAAAUGUAGUAUGUGUGUGUGAAGAGAGACGCUCUGUGAAAACGCCACCGUUUGGUGUGGCACUUUGUUUCAGUAGCACAGCUAUUAUUUUCUACAAGUCAUUUAUACUGGUUCAAUCCACUGCAGAUGUUGCGUGGGGACUAAAAAGACAUUACAGUCUUGCAUGAUCUCAUUACCGCUAGUUUCUUUCAAUAUAUUUAAAACUUGUGUCCAUUUUUCAAUUAAUUUAUUUUACUGAAAUAAAA